ACAAAAAAAUAGAAUAUGAAACGCCUGUUCUCCUUUAUUUCUGAAUCUACGUUACUCCCGCAGCCCACGAAGAUGGCCAUGGCAGACAACCACCGCCUAUGGCCCGGAGGGAAGGUGCCCUACAGAAUUGACUUCGACGAAACGGAGCAUGUCUAUAUCUACAACCUCCUCCUCUCCGCCAUCACACGCAUGAACGAACAAAACUGCGUGAACCUCGUGAUCGCCGGGAAUGAAGCAAAGGACUACGUGUCUAUACAACUCGAGGAUUACCUUUCUUCACACCUGGGGCGGCAGGGCGGGGAACAGGUGCUCACCAUCUCCCUUGAUGCUAACGUGGGCACCAUCAUGCACGAAUUCAUGCACACGCUUGGUUUCGGACACGAGCAUAACCGCCCAGAUCGAGACGAGUACGUGACGGUCUAUUUUGACAACAUCCAGGAACAGGCCAAACCCUACUUCAAUAAAUAUGGAGCUGAGAGUGGCCUUACUGGAGACUUGACACCCUAUCAGAGCAUGCUCUUCCGAUACCCUGGCAACUGCAACAUGUACUACCAGUGUGCCCAGGGACAGGCUGUGCCCAGGAACUGCCCUCAGAACCUCCACUUCAGCGUGUUGACAGACAGAUGCGAUUAUGCCAACGCGGCUAAUUGCACGUUCGUUGGACUCGUGUAG